UGAUCCGUCAGUCGUCUGCUCGCUUCAGAUCUAGCGAGUGGGGCAGUGCAGGCGGGUCCUGGCAGUGCCGUGUUGUCGUGUGAGAGGCCCAGUGUUGUAGGCCUAAGAUAAUUCGUCUUCUCUUCUUGUUCGAUCGCCAACCUUCAUUCAGUAACCAUGUCGGUUAUGACCAUUAAAUUAUCUCGGCCUAACGGUUGCCCGUGGGGCUUCAGGCUACAGGGAGGCAAGGAUUUUGCUACACCUCUCUGUAUCCAAAAGGUGAACGCCGGCUCGGUGGCUGCAAACGCGGGGCUGCAGGCUGGCGACGCCAUCGUGAGCAUCGGAGGAAAAGACGCACUCUCACUCAGACACAAGGAGGCCCAGGAAGCCAUAGUCAAGGCUGGAAACAACUUCGACCUCGUUGUACAGAGGGGUGUCAACACUUGGAAGCCACAAGUAACUCCUCUGGCCGAAGUUAAGACGACUCCCGAGGGCGUCCCUGUUGCAACGGCGACCUCUCUUGCUGCCAACAAGCAGCCCGUCCGCCACAUCGGGUCCAACCACAACACUGUGGCGCGCCCCUUCCCUGGAUUCACGGGGGCCCAGCCCGCCUAUGCCAAGGGCGUGGUCACACUCAACCAGCUCAAGCAAAGCACCACAGAUGGCCCGAGCCUCAAUGGUGGCGGCGUCGGCGGCAACACCACGUCCUCUUCCUCACGCUCCUCCUCCAGACACGCCUCCGGGAGCACCAGUCCCACUGGCGGCAGCCUCGCCGUCCCGGGCGCGAGCAUCUCCCUCAAUAAGGAGAACGCCAAAAAUUUCCUCAGGAUGACGUUGGACAAAGAGAACGUGAACUCGAUGAACGUGAACUCAGCCAGCUCGCAGAAGGCGCAGAAGUCCAACAGCAACGACAACCUUUUCUCGAGCCAGUUCCUGAACAACAACGGGGCGGUGGGCGGCAGCGUCGGCCAGCCCCGCAAGUACUCGCUGGCCAGUAACGCCUCGAGCUGCAGUAGCUCUGACACCGACCACGACGCCCUCACGCGGCGGAACAAUGAAGUCAACGGGCAGCAGAUUGUCAACGCUCAGUACAACAGUCCUCUUAACCUGUACAGCGAGGACAACAUCGCCGAGACGCUUUCCGCUCAGGCUGAAGUCCUCGGCAAGGGAUGUCUUGGCAUCAACUUCAAGAAGUACGCGCGGGAGACCGUGAUUCAGACGCAGUCGCCCACGUACAAACUGAUUCACGGCGACGAGGACGAGCCCCCGAAGAGGGCCCGCCCCCCACCAACGUCGCCCUUCGACAAGAGCAACGAGCCUCCUCCCCCGACCACCGUGUUCGGCCGCCCCAAGCAGGCCCCUGCCCCGGCCGCGGCUCCUGCCAAGCCGCCCCAGCAGGGAGAGUCAGAGGAGGGUCCCUCGCACCUGCACCCGGCACCCCGCCCCUCCUCCCAGGGCAAGCCCAAGACGGAGCUACGACCCGGAGAAAAUAUUUGUUCAGAGUGUGGUAGACUCAUCGUCGGCGUUUUCGUGCGAAUAAAGAAUAAGAGCCUCCACGCUGACUGCUUCAGGUGUGCGACCUGUGGCUCCUCGCUCAAGAAUGUUGGCUACUACAACAUCAAUGACAAGUUAUACUGCGAUGUCCACGCCAAACAAGCCGCUCGCCACAACCCGCCUGCACCCAACAUGGAACCUGUUGUGGUCAAGCCCGGUGCCGUCCCGCCCGCUGGUGCAGUGACCGCUCCUCAGGCCAAGGUUCCCUUCAAGCCUCCUGCGGGCGGCGUCCGGAUCCUGCCGCUCAACACAAUGGGGUCUCCAUCUAUGCCUUCACCCACACCCAUCCCUAACUUCGCCCCCGUUUCCCUAUUCAAGGCUGAGACCGAGCAAGAACCUGCUCCCGUCGCAGAGGAAGAAGCGCACAUUGCAGACGAAGCUCCCGCUGAACCGGAGGCUGAACCGGUACACGAGGCUAUAGUAGAGCCAGAACCCGAAUCUGAGACGGCCUCUGAGCCGGAAGCAAAGGCUAGUUCAGAGCCAGAACCCGUUGUAGAACCGGAGCCAGAACCUGAAGCGACAGAAACCGCGGCUGAGGCCGAACCUAUCGUAGAACCGGAGCCCGAACCCGAGGCCACAGAAGAGCCCGCAGUAGAACCGGAGGCCGUCGCCGAAGAGGCCGCCCCCCCCGCGCCCGAGCGCGUCUCUCCCGUGAUCGAGUUCAGGCCCCAGCAGCGCCCAUGGCGGCCCCUCCACCAUCCUUCCAGCCCGUCAAGGCCCCGGCGGCUCCCGCUCCGCAGAAGCCCUUCGGUGCUCCUGCAGGAAGCGUGGAUGUGCGCUCGCACAUUCCCAAGAAAGGCACUGUGACGCCCGCUGCCACCGCCGCCAAGGAGCGCCCCUCCUGCCAGGGAUGCAGGUCCCCCAUCAGGGGUCCCUUCGUCUCCGCCCUUGGUAAGACCUGGUGCCCCGACCACUUCGUCUGCUCCACCGACACCUGCCGUAAGCCCCUCAUCGACAUGGGCUUCGUCGAGGAACAAGGAUCACUCUACUGCGAAAACUGCUACGAGCAAUACUUCGCCCCGAUCUGCGGCAAGUGCGACAAGAGGGUGAAGGGUGAUUGCCUUAACGCAGUCGGCAAGCAGUUCCAUCCUGAGUGCUUCUGCUGCGCCUACUGCGGAAAGGUCUUCGGUUCUGGCGCCUUCUAUCUCGAGGACGGCCUGCCCUACUGCGAGGCCGAUUGGAACGACCUAUUCACGACGAAGUGUGUGGGUUGUGGGUUCCCGAUUGAAGCAGGUGACCGAUGGGUUGAAGCUCUCAACAACAACUACCACAGCCAGUGCUUCAAGUGCUCUAAAUGCCACAAGAACCUGGAGGGCCAGAGUUUCUUCGCCAAAGGUGGAAAGCCUUUCUGCAAGGCCCAUGCCCAACGUGGCUUCUAAGGCGGCCCAAACAGCACGCAGGUCCCUCCUGUGUCCCCCUGAGGAGACAUGGCGAGGGCCUGUCGUCCUCUCACCAGCAACAGAAACGAGGAUGGAAAAGAGAGAAAAAGAAAGAGUCUCGAGCAGCGGCAGUGAGCGUUGUGGCCCUCGCGAGUGCCAUCGGCAUCACUACCUUCACCAGCGACGAAAUGAAGCACCAGUCUGCAGCACCGCGAGAGCCGCCUCAAGCGAACGUCGACACUCCCUGCCCACUGUCUCCUUGUUACGCUCUGUUUGUUUACAUUAACUGUGCUACUCACAUUGGCUAAUUGUUGGUGCAAGAUUACAGUGCAGGUUUGCAAUCGUUCUGUUGCAAUUAUUUAUUGUCCAAAACUUAUGUAAAGAAAGGCAAUUAGUCAGCCUUUUGACUCUUGUGUGUAAAGAUAAUGGUGCUUGCAAUCACCAGUGAUAAGAAAGUCAGUGCCUUGAUUUUAUCACAUUAAUCUAUAUAGAAUAAGAAUAUAUAAGCUUUACUGCUUAGUUUAAGGUACACUCAGCCUAUGCAGACACACAACCACAAAAGGAUUGAUAUUCUUUGUAUUAUUAUUACUUCCAACGAUUCUUCCUUUGCUUCAGCUGUUUUCAGAUCACUGCUGUUUACUGUACUAUAUAGAGAGGUAUAUGAAUUGUAGAGAACAGAAUAUUGUUACUCAUAUGCUAUUAUUGUAUAUAUGAAUUUCACGAAACAAAACCUGUCUGUCUAGACACACUAAGGACACCAUGUCAACCAAUCUAGCGAUACGAUUUUAACUCGGCUAUGCUUGCUUAAUCUUCCUGAACGCUGUGUGUUCUUCUGUCCCAACUUCUCGUGUCAUAUUGUCUAAUAUUCGGCGUAUAUUUUGUUGCGUGUUUCUUGAUCUUCCAAUUAUGUCUGACCCCUUCUUUCCCAGGGGGAUUAUAAAAAAAUAGACAUAUUG